GGAUAUCAGCUGCUCGAUGUGGAUUUUCGUUUGUUGGGACUAGGAAAUCCUUCCAAAGGAUCGCAAAAGUGGACAGCAAUUAUCGAUCAAUUGACUACAUAUAUCAGCAAACACGCAAAAGAUUCAUCGGCCAAAUCACUCAUCAAAUCGCUCAGGAACAAAGAGUUGUCGACAGACACCAAGCUACCGGUCCUGCUUCAUGCAUUAUGCACUGUAUUGGCACCGGUUAGAGCGGCUAAAGGUUUCAAACCGACGAUUCCUCUUGCUCAGGAAGAUGUCUUGAUAAUGGCAGAAACUCGAGAACUGGCACUAACAAAGUUUCGAAACGACCGUGCAAUUAACGAACCAGUUGCUCCAAAACUUAUCGUGGUAGGUUCUGAUCUAUCAGCAGCUACUGGUGAAUGCAUGGUCAUUUAUAAAACGAUUGAAUACACCUGUCCCAAAAUCGCACGAGGCAUUGAUGUUUUAGUGAAACUACGUAUGUUACUUGGUCUGCCAUAUCCACCAACGUCGAAGCUUGUCUGGAUGUUCAUAGAACAGUUUGUUUAUGGAGUUAACCCUGUUGGAGGAGGAUAUAUGGUCAUCAACAAACUUAUCGACUAUCUCGAGCCUGAAAAAAAAUGAUCGUUCCAUGCUGCAUUCCCGGCUGUUCUAGCCAGUUUACAACAGCAAAUGACCUACUAGAUCAUAUAGCGAAAAUUCAUAAACAUUCUGCAGAAUAUCAUUACCGUUGUUCGUAUCCUAAGUGCAUUCAAGUUUUUCCAAUACAUAUUCCUUCAAAAGACAUGUAAAAAAUCACAAAUUUGAUAAUGCAUUAGUAGCAUCAGGAAACAACAGUCAGACUAACCAGCCAGAUAUAAUAUCUAUUGAUACAGUAGAACCUCUUUGUACUGAGAAUGAUUAUUUCCAACAAGAUCGUAAUAAUUUGAAAACAGCAGCUGUAGAGUUGACGCUUCGUUUACACCAGAAGGCAAACUUCUCUAGACAGGACGUAAUGGAUAUUCAGAAGAGCGUUCAAAAAUUUUGCACCACGUCAGCUGAAAAUCUUGGAAGCAUUGAUAUUGAAGUACUAGAUACAGAGAAGAAUUUUCAAUAUAAUAAACAUCUAAGAGAAUUGAAAGAUGCAUUCAAAUUCAUCGACAGCGAUUUCAAAUUUUUUGAAUAUAUAAAAAAUUUGAAUAUUUUUCAAGAGCCCACCAUAUUGAUAUUAGAAAAUGAGCUCGUUACAAAAGUUACAACCGAAGAAACUAGAAAGUCAUGUUUAGUAUUAAACCCAAUCGAGUUUCAAAUUAGAUCUUUUUUUCAAACAAGUGACAUUUUGCAGAAGACUUUGGAAUAUACCGCUAAAUUAGAACAAGCCACUGAUAUUCAAAAUUUUGUAAACGGUUCCCUUUGGCAAAACAUCAAAACUAAGUAUAUACAAAACGAAUACAAUUAUGUUUUACCUCUCUUUCUAUACGCGGAUGAAUUUGAGGUGAACGAUCCGCAGAGUUCGCAUAGUAAAGUUGAUUCAAUAUGUGGUAUAUAUUUCAAUUUUCCUACUUUGCCUGUCGAAUAUCGGUCAAAGUUAUGCAAUAUAUUCGUAGGUGGCUUUAUAAGAAAGGUUGUAAUUAAUGAAACUGGCGUGAGUAAGUUCGUUGAAGAGCUGUUGAUUCCAUUUAAGAAGCUAGAAAACGAGGGAUUAGUUUUUCAAUUGAAGUCGCAUUGUGUAAGAAUUCGUUUCGUUCUGUGUCUAGUCCAAGGGGACAAUUUAGGUGUACACUCCUUAUUGCAAUUAUCCAGUGGAUUCAAUGCGAAUUAUUACUGCCGGUUUUGUAAGAGGCAUAGGACACAGAUGCAAGUUGAUGAUGAAGAACAUAAAAACUGCUUAAGAAAUAUUGAAAACUAUGAAGAAGAUGUACUCAAAGACAGACAUUCACUAACAGGCAUUAGUGGACCAUCUCCAUUCAAUCAACUUCAAUCGUUCCAUGUAAUCGAGAAUCCUAGCAUUGACGUCAUGCAUGAUAUGUACAGUAAUGGGGCAUGUCGUGCGGCUAUUUUUGGAUAA